AUGGGUUGGUUCUGGGGCGACAGCAAAUCUGACCCGGUUAACAAGCUCGAACCGGGUCUUCGUGACUAUCUCGAGCAGGAGCAGCCCGAUAAAUAUGUGCCUGCCGGUGUGAACCCGACGACUCCGACGCCUACGCAAACAUCCCAACCUUCUGAUCCUUCGAAACGUCAAGUCCCUGCGGCUUCUCUUUACCAAGAUGGCCGUUACGCCCACCUCUGGAAGACCUAUAAGCCCCCGGCAGAUAUCGAUGAGAAUAACGGAGUCCGCGGGGCAGAGCGAGUGAUCGAAAAGCACAAGGAGCGCGGCGACACAGUGCAGCGGGCAGCAAUGGAGAACUGCGCCUUGGAGCAUGAAGCCUUGACCUACUGCUUCAAGACGGGCAACUGGCGCAAGCAGAUUGAGGCCCGACUGACUCUGUGUUCUGCGGAGAAUGGCACUUUCUCCCGAUGCUUUACAACCCAGACCAAAUUCCUCCAGGCUCUUGGCUACGCAUCCUCCUUCAACCACGACGCCGAAAAAGAAGAGCGCAUCCAGAUGCACGCCGACAAGCUCUACCACCAGAUGUUAGACUAUGAAAAGCGAGUCGAGGAAGCCAAGGCAGCCGGUGUUGAACCACCUCCCAUGGCGUCCCUGUUCCACCCAGAGAAGCAAUCACCAGCAGAGAAGAAGCCCGGUCUGGAGAUCCCCGGAGGCGAGCCCAUCCCAGCAGGAUUCAAGCCUUCAAAGCCGCUACAGAAACUCACUCCCCAUGAGAGAGAGCUGGAGAUUAGGGCGCACUAUGCGCAAUUGGAACAGCAGAAGAUGUACGUGGAGGAGGCCGGACCCUUCAUGAAGACUCAGGAUAAUGCACGGGAGAAGCGACGGGAGAAGGCUGUCAGUUGGUUUGGAGAGACGAUUGGUAACUGGGUGUCGUAA